AGAUGAAUUUUUGGGAGGGGACGGGACAUCUAAAGCACUGCUGGUGUGAAGUGCACUUUAUGCAGAAUCGAACUGUUCGAGAACUUGUUGCAGCCAUGUGUAUAUGGAACAUGGAGAAGGGCAUAUGCGGCUGAUGCACAGGAACCACGGCUGUAAGUGAACAUGAGGCAAUUGUAAGCAGUAAUACUUGCUACAUAAUAUAUAGAGCGGCUUCUACAGCAUGCACGCCGCGCUAUGGCUUCACUCGCUCUUGACGGAGGAUAUCGCAUUGAUGAUUUCUGCAGCAGGGUGCUCGGAGAGUACCUGGUACCAGUAGAUGAGACCCCUGGCACUGCGCCUGGCCCUAGUAUUGCCAAGUCUACGAACACCAAAACCAGCGGCUCAAGGUAUGGCAAGGCACUAAUACACAAGCUAGAAUUGCUUAAGGAUACUCGUUUUUCCCACUGGCGUCACGAGUUAAUCGUCCUUACUCUGAGUUACGCCAGUGAAAGGCGUCUACUUUACUUGGAACAUUUUUGGGAUGCGGACACAGGACUAGGAGAAUGGGUACCCUUGACAUCUGACAGUCUUGCUGGCAGUCAGAAAGACAGCGCAGAUGAAGCAAUGUUCUACAAACCAGAUGAUCCCGUUGAACAUGACCGCAGGCGAUUCACCAUGACCGUCCUCGAAAUCCAGUUCUCUGAUCCUCCUGCUCGUGAUCCUGUCACUCUUCAUUCCAUUGCCAAGAUUCUGGGUCAAGUAGGAAAGAAACAUCCAGCCUAUGCGUUGUUCAGUGCCAACUGUUGGGCUUGGUCUCGAGGCAUUGUUCUGGUCAUUGCCCUCGAGUCUAGAAACAUUAAGACAGUGACUAUGUUAGGGAGGGAUGUAACAUCGGAUCAGCUCAAAAUUUACCUCAUGACUGAGUAUGGUGCGUUCGGGGGUCUGCUCUUGCGUUGCAUAGAGAAAGGAAGGCAAGACCUACGUUGGCACGAGUAUUACACUCUGCGAUGUAUUUGCUUCCUUUAUGGCUUCUGUGGCCACGCACUUUGGUUGAAACAUGCCAUUUUUGGUCCCCUCAACUGGACACUACGUGCCAAGGAACUUUGCGUUCAUGAGGACCGGACUGCCGAUAAGGAUGGUCAGGACCAUACAUACACUGCGUUGCCGCCCGACUUCACAGAUUUAAUCCCUACGCUACCGGGCACGGCUCCCCAUCUUCUAGGGCGCAACUUCUGCGGGCCAGGUAAAUAUUUAUAUCUCCUGACUCCCCCAAUUGCAACCUCUGGGGCAAGAAUCACGUCAGUUCACAUAUUUAUCUAUGGCACUGUGGAGUUGGAUCCAGGUCAGGAACUGUCGACCCUUGUUACCGAAAGCACUCUCAAUAGGAUGGAAUGGUUUCGAUGCGCUAUUCUUCGCCAUACCCGAGAUGGAAGACUCGUCGAGGUCUCUGACCCCGCUUGCAUUCCGCUCAGGGUACAUUUUCGGAACAAUUCAAGGAGGCAAUCUUGGUCGUACGGCGCUGUCUAUAUCAUGGACCACCAUCACCCCUUGACUCUGGGGCUAUGCCAAGGCGACUCGAUAGCGGUAUGGGCCCUCGGAAGGGCCGGGUAUAUCCACAAACCAGCGGGCGCUUGGAUUAAGGUGGUGGCAAAUCACCCGCUCCGAUUUUUGGAUUGGUUGGUUGCGAUGGACGUGGCGAGAACGAUUGCAGGACUUAUCAUUUACCCUCGUGGCCAUACUUGGCCAGAGAUCGUCGGUAAUUUUUGCCGUGGACUGAUGCACCUGUUUAUCGAGAUUCCGUGGUGCUUGAAUAGUUGGUGUAAUGACUGGCCUUGGUCGGCAAUCAGCAUGGUAGCGUCACACUUGCUUUCCACUGUUACACCGCUCCAGCCCCCUGAAGAUGACAACGAUGACGAGCACCCGGUCAAAGUAACAUUGUCUGACUUCAUAGAACAAGUUCUCUCACAAAACUGUGGAGAAGAGUCGCCAUUCCGCAGAGCUAGCAUACGCUCUAUUUCCUUCGGACAAACCGAGGACGAACUCUUCGACUUCAUCAUUCUGCUCGUGACUCUCGAUGACCUGGAGUAUUAUGUGCAUAUUCGUCAUCCCAAGGACGAAGAAUCUCUCUGGCACCAUCAUGUCUCUUUCCUGUGGAGCUAUCAUGGGCUCACGCAGGAUACAGUGGUAAUAUAUCGACCAGGAAAAAUGGAGAGAGCUGCCUGGGAAGGCUUGGAUAUCACUUUCAAGGCCAAGCUGUCUGAUAGUGACACCACCUCAUCGCAGGAUAUCCGCUCGGUCGCCUUGCGUUUACGCGAGAUGAGGAACAAUUACUGGCGGUUCUUCUGGCUGAAUGAAGAUUGGCAGUGGCCGAUAUCUAUCGUGAAGGCGACAAUGAAAUGCGCUGGUGAUACUGUCCAUGUUCAGCUGGGACGUAACGAAGAACCGUUGCAGAUUGACGAGUGGGAACAUACUAACGACUGGCUGGAAGACAAGGUGAAAGGAUGGAAACAAGCGGAGGGGAGAAUGUAUGAGAAAGAAAUGAAGAACAACGUGUAUUUCUUUUUUACACGUGCGCGGGCGCGCUACUUGAUAUGGCCGACCAUACUGUUCUCUUUCGUUCUUCAUAUUUACUAUCACUUCUAGUCUCAGAUCAGGACUUCGCUAGAAGGGAGGCCAUCUUGUAGCAGAGCUUAAAUAUGUCGACAUGUCGAUUGUAGCCCGAUGUCAGCGAGGAGCUUUGCAAGCUACUUUGAGGGGCACCAGUUGUGAAUGUUACAGA